UCUUAUUACAAGUGCAUGCACUGACUCGACAGUGAUGUGUUUUCAAAUUUUCAAUAAUGCAAACCAACAAUAAACUAUACACAAAAUAUCAUCUAGUCAACAUGCUCUUUCACCCAUGAGCAACAUGUUUCUUUGCUACAUUCACAUAACCCAAACUCAAUCCCUACAGACUCAUUAUUUCACUAGAGAUCGAGAGACAGAGAGAUGAUGGCAACUAGCACAGUCAAAUUUCAGGCCCCAAGUGAGACCAGUUAUGACCGUAACACCGAACUCAAAGCCUUUGAUGAUACAAAAUCUGGUGUCAAGGGACUUGUAGAUGCUGGUGUAACAAAGAUCCCACCAAUAUUUAUCAAUCACAAACACGACCAACCUCACCAAAAACCUCAGCUUGGUGACUACUCUGGAUCCAAACACAGGACUAUUCCAGUUAUCGAUCUCCAUGGUGUUCAUAGAGAUGCAACCAAACGCAGAGAGAUUAUCGGAGAAGUUUUGGAGGCUUGUGAGAAGUGGGGUUUCUUUCAGGUUGUCAAUCAUGGAAUUCCGGUGAGUGUUUUGGAUGAUAUGAUAGAUGGGAUAUGCAGAUUUAAUGAGCAAGACAAUGAGGAGAAGAAAAAGUGGUACACAAGGGAUUUCAAGAGAAAGGUGAUGUUUAUGUCCAAUUUUCUUCUGUAUACUUCCCCAGCUGCUGAUUGGAGGGACACCAUUUUUUGCUUUAUGGCUCCCAAUCCUCCUGAUCGUGAUGAAUUACCUGAGAUAUGCAGUGAUAUAAUGAUUGAUUACUCUAAGCAAGUGAUGAUAUUGGGGGACACAGUCUUUGAACUAAUAUCGGAGGCCCUUGGACUCGACCCCAACCAUUUGAAAGACAUGGAUUGUGCCAAGCAACUUUCACUUGUGGGCCAUUAUUACCCUGUGUGUCCUGAACCAGAAUUAACUUUGGGUACUAGCAGCCACACUGACAGUUCCUUCCUCACCAUACUUCUACAAGACCAGAUAGGUGGCCUCCAAGUUCAUCAUGAGAAUCAGUGGGUUGAUGUACCCCCGAAGCAUGGAGCGCUAGUAGUAAACAUUGGAGAUCUUUUGCAGCUCAUCAGUAAUGACAGGGUUAAGAGUGUGUAUCAUAGAGUAAUGGCGAGACAUGUAGGGCCAAGAAUUUCAGUGGCAUCCUUUUUCUCACCACAAAUGGUGGUAGGAAAUUCCUCGAGAGUUUAUGGACCGAUCAAGGAGUUGAUAUCAGAGGAAAGCCCCCAAGUCUACCGCGAAACCUCUAUAAAAGACUAUCAGUCUCACUACACCUCGAAAGGGCUCGAUGGAGCUCCUUCAUUGCUGCAUUUGAAGUUGUGAAGUUGGCCCCAUAAUAAGGGAACUAGCUCCCUGUGCUUCUGGAUAUUUUUUCUUUCCUUGUCUCUGCCACUCUUGAAACGUUACUUAAGCUUGGGAGUCAAGACCCAAAGCCACUAAGACAAAGGUAGACCUAUAUGUGUGGCUUGUCAAAUUGGUGAUGUUUUGUUUGGUGUUGAAAACAUUUUGCUUGUUUAAACAAUGUCAUGCUUUGCCAUGCAUAUCUGCUAUACAGAAUAAAGAGUUGCUGCUGUAA